AUGUUGUCUGCAGGAGAUUGGAACGGUCAAGUGAACUGGUCUGACCAGACAGCGCCUAUCUCUAACUUUGAUUACCUGUUUAACAUGAUGGAUGAUACUCCCGCAAUGGAGGAAGAGGUUGUGGAUGAUAUGAGCAUGACAGAUACUUCUUACAAAUCCGCCCACAGUUUCAACACCAGCAGAGGAGAAUCCUCGAAUAGCAGUUUCGAAAACUGUCCAAUUCGCCCUUCAGCCAAGACAUCAGGAAGCACAUCCAGCAGCAGUCACUCCAACAAACAAGUGCCAGUCCAGAGAACACCCUCCACUUCGUCAUAAUCUUCUAAUGGUAAACGUCCCAAG